AUGAAUUCAACACGAGAAAAUUUUCGUGCAAUGAUUUGUUAUGACUUUCGAUGUCAUUUAAGUCAACAAGAAAGUUAUGAUAGACUACGAUUGGCCUUUCACGAUGAAGCCCCAUCUCGUGCGACUGUUUACAACUGGUUUAAUGAGUUUAAACGUGGUCGCACUAAUCUCACUGAUGAUUUACGUGAGCGACGGCCUUCUACGGCGACGACUGAAGAUAACAUCUGUGUUGUGCGGCGUAUGAUAGAGACUGACAAAAGAGUGACCUAUCAGCAGAUUCGGACAAGCUUAGGCAUCGGUAUGAGUCAAGUGCACAAAAUCCUCCACGAACAUUUAGCGGUCAGGAAGCUUUGCGCCCGGUGGAUACCUCAUAAUAUGACUGAGGCUCAAAAACUCCAUCGUGUGGAUUGGUGCCGUAAAAUGAUUGAAAGAUUUAACGGAGGUGACUCAAAUGCUGUGUUCGACAUACUAACAGGUGACGAAAGCUGGAUUUACUGUUAUGAUCCUGAAACCAAAAGACAAUCUGCUCAGUGGGUGUUUCCUUUCGAGGAGUUGCCAACUAAAGUGAAGAGAGAUCGAAGUGCGGGAAAAAUAAUGGUGGCCUCGUUCUUUGGAAGGAUAGGUCAUUUCGCAACAAUUGUGUUAGAGGAUCAAAAAACAGUUUCUGCAGAAUGGUACACUACCAAUUGUUUGCCACUUGUCUUGGAAAAAGUUCGAGAGAAACGACCUCGCAGUAGGAUCCUCCUUCACCACGACAACGCCUCGUCGCAAACCGCCAAGCGAACGAUCGACUAUUUGGCGACAUCAAACGUUGAAUUAUUGGGUCAGCCGCCGUAUAGCCCCGACCUCGCGCCUUGUGAUUUUUAUUUAUUUUCAAAAAUUAAAGAAAAACUUAAAGGAAAGCGGUUUACGAAUGCUGAAGAAGCGGUGGCUGCGUAUCGCGAUGCCAUUGAAGAGACCCCUAAGGACGAGUGGGCAAAGUGCUUUUCCCAGUGGUUCCAUCGCAUGCAGCGGUGUAUUGACGUGAAUGGACAAUAUUUUGAAAAGAUAUAA